UGGUAAGAAAACAACCCGGAUGUUGUCGUCUGCUUAUUUACAAUGGCAACGGAGGGCGUGACCGAAUCGAGAAGGCGGGGUAAGGGGUGGUCAGAAGCGGAGGAGGUUUGUCUAAUCCAGGAAGUUGUUCAGCGAGAGCAACUGUUGUUCGGUGAAACAAAGGGAAGCGGUGUGAAGUCCAUCCAUCGACAGCGGACCGAUGGAUGGCAAAGUAUCACGGACAUCCUCAACACGUAAGUUGUUCAUAUGUUAUCGUUGUUUAAUAUCAUUUGCAGCAUGGUACGCUAUAUUAUCGCGAUAGUUAAGUUAUAAAUACGUCUUGCGCAAAGUGUUCAUUCAACUUUUAUGACACAGGAUUGAUCGAUGCUGGUUUUAUUUACUGUGUUCGGUAAAACAAAGUACCUGUCAUAACGAGUUAAAAAAGUAAGGGCGGAAGACAUGUAUUUUCAUGGGCUUUCCCCUCCACAAUUCCUUGACAGUGAAGAAGAAAACAUGUUCUGUAUAUUAAUUUUCAAAUUAUAUCUCUUCUUUUAUAUACUUUCAGAAGACACAUCAAUGCCAAAAGGGAGGCUUUGGAAGUGAAAAAGAAGUACUUCAAUUUGAAACAAAGAGCUAAAAGCAAGAUCGACGGCCUCAAAAGGUCAAUGGCUACAACUGGAGGAGGGCCUCCACUCCCAGCACUGUCCAACGCGGACGAGGUCCUUUCUCAGUCUUUGGAGGGGAGGCCAGGUAUUCAUGGCCUAGAACAUGGCAUUGACACUGAUGUCAUUCAUGAUGGCGAUGUAGCUGCCGCUGCACCAGAAGGUCUGCAAGGUGAAGCACAACACAUUGGUCAUGUUGAUGUGCACAUUGAUGAGCAAGACAACACAGCAGAGGGUACAUCAGAAGGAUCUGAACAAAAAGACCGGGCGCAAACGAAUAAGAACAAAAGCUGAGGCAAUCUAUGACAACACGAUACAGGACACAGAAAGGAUCAAACUUGAACAAAGGAAGCUGAAACUGGAAAUUGAAUUAUUAGAAAAAAAUCAAAAGAAAUUAGACAUUGAAAUUCAAAUGCUGCAGUGUAAAUCAGUCUACUACCAACUAAAAAUGAAUGCGGAAUUUGGUGUUUCUCUUGUCGAAUCAUGUCCAAC